AUGUAUAGAAGUUAGAGAUUAAGAAUGAAAUCAUAAAAUCAUCUGUCAAUUUCACCUCCUAUAAUAAAGAGAAGAUUAAGAAAUAAGAAUGAAUAUAUUGAAGUGAAUGAAAUCGAACCAACGGAUAAAAAAAAAUAGAACAUUUUAUAGGACAUAGCAGCUACAAAAUAAAAGAGUUUAACCAAUUUUGCUUUGACAGUUACACCAAAAUAUGGACAAGAUAGAGAUUAUGAUGAUGAUGAAGAUAUUCUAUUUCAUGUAUUAAAUUUGAGUAUUAAAAUAGUCUAAAGGAAAAAAGAGACCAUGGUCAGAAUAGGAAGAUAAUUUAUUAAUUAAAUUAGUUUAAAUGCAUGGUCCUUAGAAAUGGACAUUCAUUGCAGAACAUUUACCUGGAAGAAUAGGUAAAUAAUGUAGAGAGAGAUGGCAUAAUCAUUUGAAUCCAUAAAUAAAGAAAUCUCAUUGGGGAGAUUAUGAAGAAUGGAUUCUAUUUCUAUCACAUAGAGUUAUGGGAAAUAGAUGGGCUGAAAUGGCUAAAUAAUUAAUAGGGAGAACAGAUAAUUCAAUAAAGAAUCAUUGGAAUUCAGCAAUGAAAAAACGUAUUCCUGAAAUGGAAGAGAGAUUGAAAGAUAUUCGCAAGAGAGGAGGUAUAUUAUAAAUAAAUUAUCCAAUAGGAAUGCAAAAUUCUGAAUUAAUGAAUUCAUUUACUUCUUUGGAAAGAUAAUUACUAUAAAAAUUGUUAUCUUCAUAAUAAAAUGGAUAGAUUUCUCCUAGAUCUUAUUCUCCUAAUAAUAUGCCAAGAAGAAGGACAAAUAAAUAACAGAAUUAUUUAAAUCCAAAUUCAGUGAAUUAAUAUAUAUAGAAAAUGAUGAAUGAAAUAAAAAUAGAUGGAAUAGAAAGUUAUUAAAUGGAAAACAAGAUGUUAAAGAAGACUGCUAAAAUAACUGAUUCAAUAUUUUGGAAUGAAGAUAAAGUAGAUGAUAUAUAAAAUAAUUUAUAUGAAUACAUAUAAGAAAAAGUAGGAGCUCAUGGUUAUGAUUAAGAUGAAAAAGUUGAUAGAUGGAUAAAAAACUUUUGGAUUAUGUGUUAAGAUGUUUUUACAGUAUCUGUAAUCAAAGACUUUUUAUCAUAAAGACCUUCAUUUUAUUAUAAUUAUUUACAUAAAUAUAAAUAAGAUAGUGCUAAUUAAGUAUCUAAAAAUUUAAGUAGAAUUUAUGAAUAAACAAAUAAUAGUGAUGAAUAUUAAUUACCUUCUCUAAAUUAGUUUAAGACUCCUCUAAAAGAGAAGCCUGAUCCUAAUUAAAAUAAUAUUAAUAAUUCUAAUAAUAAUGAUGAAAAUCAUCAUAAUAAUAAUGAUACUAAUAGUCCAAGUAAUAUAUGUUUAGAAGUUAAAUAUGAUGAUUAAUUUUAACAUUAAAUUGAAUCACCUUCUAAAUUAUUAAAUUUACUUACUCCAAAACAUUAAAAUAUAUAAUAAUCUAAUAAAAAAACACCAAAUUUAAAAUCAGAAAAUAAAAGUGUUAUAUAACAUUCUUAAUUUAAAGAUAAUUUAAGCUUAAGUAAAUUAAAAUUUGAUACUACUCCUUUAAAAAAGAACUCAGCUUUUAAAUUCUAUAAUAAACUUAAUUAGUAAUAGUAGCUAUGA